AUCCGAUGACGCCGGAAGUUGUGUAUCAGUGUGGCCCCUCCCCCUCGCCGGAAGUAUGUGAUCCCGGAAGUUCCGUUGCAGUUGUGGGGGGGAUAAACAGGAAUGGCGGAGGCAGCGGUGGCGCCUGCAUCUCUCACACCAGCAGCCGCGGCAGUAAAGGCCCCGCUCCCCGCACUCCCGGACAAUCCCCCCGCGGGAGGCUGGACUCGGCAGGUCACCUGCAGGUAAGGGCCUGGGGAGAUGAACCUUGAAUAAUAUGUAUAGAGGGCUGGGGGCCCCGUGGCUCUGUGUUAAUGGGGAAAACCAGCUGAACCUGCGAUACUGCACGGAGCUGAGGGGGGUCUGCAGGGGGGAGGAGUAGGAAUGGCUGUGACGGACGAUGGAAGGGUGGUAUGAUGGGAGGGUAUGAUUGUAGGGGGAUAUGAUUGCUGCACAUUGGGCUCUUUCCUUUAUAAGUGGAGGAUUUGUGGCGAACCUAUGGAAAUACUUCAGGGUUUUGUUGUGACAAUGGUGUAUGUGUUGUUUUUUUUUUUUUUUUUAUGUAUUUUAGAAUGGUGGUAUGUAAAGAGCUCUGGAUAUGUUACAGAAGCCAUCUGAACACUUGUGGUAUCAGAUCUGCAGUAGUGACCCACUUAAUGUGUGCACAUGCUGGCUUGGACAGCUACUGCAAAAUGUGAGAGGGUAUUUGAUGGCCCAUAUUGGCUAGUGGGGGAUUUUGCUCUAAUUAGACUAAAAGUGAGUUAAGUAAUGUAUGUUAAUAGACUGCUUAUUGGUUUUAUAAGGUGUGGGGUAGGUGAGAUGAGGUGCUUUUCGAGGGAAAUUGUUUAAAGUGUUAAUUCAACCCUUUAAAGGGCCAAUAUAGUCACCAGAACUACAUCUUAUUGCAUUUGUUCUGGUGAGUAGACUCAUACCCUUCAGGCUUUUUAUUGCUAUAAACACUGUGGUUUUUUUUGAGAAAAUGCAGAGUUUGCACUACAGCCUAGUGAUAACUUCACUGGCCACUCCUCAUAUGGUUGCUAGAGUUGCUUCCUAUCCCAGUCUUGCCUAGUGCGGAUCACAAUAUAUCAGUCUCUCCCUCCUCUGCAUGCAGACACUGAACUUUCCUCAUAGAGAUUCAUUGAUUCAAUUCAGCUCUAUUAGUAGAUGCUGAUUGGCCAGGGCUGUGUUUGACUUGUUGCUGGCUUUGCUUCUGACUACCUCCUUCACAGUCUCAGACAAUCCUAUGGGGAAGCAUUGUGAUUGGCUCAGAAUAACACUUCUGAUGAUGUCAGCAGACAGCUUGCUAUUCUGAGGCAGACAAACACAGAGCCAGCAGCUUCAGGCUUGAAUACAAGUAAGAUUUUACUAUAUUUAGGGGGGCUAGAUGGUGAUUUUUAACACUGUUUGGUCAGAAAUAUGUUUGUGUUCCUGACCAUAUAGUGCUCCUUAUUGUAAACAUUCAUCUGGAAUUCAGUGCUAGGUGAAACUCCCAUUGCUGGUUUCCACACCCUGUCCGUCAUCGCUUUCCUCUCGGUGGUCCAAAUCAAAUGCCUGUCAUAGAGAAGCAUUUCAUUGGACUGUUCUGAGCUAGGUAGGGAAUUAACAAAUAAAAAUGGUCAAUGGUGUGAGGUAGAGAGAGCACAACUAGGAUUCCCCGUUCAGACUCCUUCUCUGCAAGGUUUCAAGCUGAUAACAUAUGUUCUCAGCAUGAUAAUGACUGACCUAAUUUUGGCACUAGGUUAAUAUUCCACAGUAUGGGAAAGCGUUUCUGCCUCCAGGUGGUGUGACUGGACCCUGGAAUAAAAGUGCAAAUAUCUGUUUCUGUUGCGUUUCAAGCUGAAACGCUGCACGCAAAGUCUCCUUGCUCCAUGACCACUUCUAAAAGCAGAAGUGGUCUGGAGGUUUGAGUAAACUUUACCUAAGGUUUUUUUUUUGUGAAUCAAUGUAAAAUAAUGUUUAACCUAAAGUGAUUUAAUUGGUCUUUCAGAUAUUUUAUUCACGGCGUCUGCAAAGAAGGAAACCACUGUCGCUACUCCCACGAUCUGUCCAUCAGCCAGCCGAACAUGAUUUGCAGAUAUUAUCAGCGAGGCUGCUGUGCUUAUGGAGACUACUGCAGGUAACACUAACUAAAUGGGGCAUACAUCCGGAGGACCCUGUUCUUCACUUACACACAAGCAACCAGUUGCCAGGCAUAUGAUGUAUUGUAUCAUCAUUUACCCAAAUGACUAAUUGCACCUUUGUAACUUACGUCAAUGGUUCACUCUGGUUGCAUGACAGUCUCAGGACUUCUGCUAUGUAACACAUGGAAUUGAUAUGCUAUCAAUCCUCAGAAUAACGAUCCAUUUCCUUGUGGAAUACCCAAUUCUAUAACUUGUACCGCUUAACCAAGGGGCAGAUCUUGUUUUGUUACAUGGCAUAUAUGAUGUCCAGUAAAGCCAAUGGUCACAAAAUCCACAUGCAGAAUAAGUUCUCCCUACACAUUACACAGAUCAUAUGUAUACAUUUAUCUUUGCAAUCACGUCAUGAUUGUAUACAGGAAGUUUUGUGCAAAGUGUCAUGAUAUAACCGUAAUGUUCUUUGCAGGAUCCCAGCAUAUGCUUCAGUUUUAAACUGGUACAUUUAAUUAUCAAAAAAAAAUAACUUUUUGUGAGUUGUCUGUUGAAUUUUUUUUUUUUUGUACCUGGAGUAGCAUGUAAAUGAAUUCCCAACAUUACAUUUGUCAAUGGGAUUCUGAUUGGAUCUACUUAGCAGCUCCUUUGUGCAUUUGAGUAUUGCACAAAGUACUUUGUAUAUCCCGUUCAAAGUGCUUUAUAAGUUAUUGGGAAUGUUGCUUGGAGACGAUGAAUUUGAUGUAGUCUGUUUUUCUUCUCUCCAUAAGGUAUGAACACUCAAAGCCACUAAAGCAAGAAGUGAUGGGAGAUGCGUCUAGUGCCAGAAUCUAUCCCCCUGAGUCCAACAUGGAACCAAGCUGCACUAACAGCAGUAAGGCAGCUGAACUGGCAGUUUGUGACCUGGCUGCUGGUUGCUCACAGGCAGAAGACUGGGUGAAUGCUGUGGAGUUUGUGCCGGGGCAGCUCUACUGUGGACGUGGUAAUUUUUGGGGUCAGGGGAAGUUCUAGCAACCAGGAAGACAGCUUGUUUACAUUUUGUUGCCUGUCUUAGGGUGUUUUUGUUUUUUUUCCAUCGCCGUUCAGAUCAGUAUUUUUGGGUGGAAGUAAACCAUACCAAUAAUAGUCUGUUUCUCAAGACUCAAUUUUUAUAAAAUACAAAAAAAAAGCCAUAUCGAACUCUAUACCAUUAUUGUGCUCCUGCUGGGUAAAGAUCUGUAAUUUGUUCAGGGUAUUACAAAUUGUGCACACAGAUGUGCAGUUCUUAUACUUCAACCAUGAGGUAGUUGUUUUAAAAGAGACUUAUUUUUAACAUCAUCAUUCACCAAACUAUAAUGUACACUGUAAAAGCCUUGUGGGUUUUUUGUUUUUUUUUGUUCUCAUCUUGUGUCUUUUAAAAGUCAAUUAUUUCAUCUUACGUACCCUAGUUUAUAAGCAGCUCGGUUGGUAUAACUUAAGUGUGUGUGUGGGGGGGUAUUUUAUAGGGUUUUUUGGGGUGGGGUUUCUUUGAAUUCUGUCAAUAUUUUAAUCAUUGCCUUCAAUAAUGUAACAUCAAAGGGAGAAGGAAUCUCUGAUGGCUAAACAUUGUGUUCUGCUUAAUCAACAUUAGCUUGUAGUGAAAGUUAGACCUUCUAAAUGUCAAUUACACUACUACUAUCUGACUUUUUUUUAUACUACUGAAGUAUAAAGCAGUUUGUAUUGUCUUCACACAUUCUGUUGUACGUCGUCUUCGUUCUAUGGUGACAAGCAAUUGAUAAAGAUGAAUGUAAACUUCACUUAUUUGAGAUUCAAGUUCACCUUAUCUUCAAGAAAAAACAAACAUGUAAAUGCCUUUUUUCAUUUUCUAGCUGCACUUGGCUAUUAUGCGUCCUGUGAAAGCUUUCAAAAAUUAUACAAGUUUAAACAUGUUGCUGUGUCAGGAGCCCAUCUUCUCCACGGGGAGGUAGUUGCUUGUGCGUAACAGGAUGUAUUUGAGUUGUUUUGGUCUGUAUAGAGGCUUUGUAAGGGUGAGCUCAUAAGUCAUUCUGUCAUCUGUGUUUAUUACUGAGUGCAAAAGACAGAGUAAAUUUCUACAUUGUACUUGUUGGUGAAAAAACAACAACAAAAAGUGUGCACAUUUAACUACACCCCAAAUAAGUCUUCUGUUUUCCUCACAAUCUCAUUGAGCAUCAUUCUAGGCUAGCAAGUACUUUCCACUUUAUUUAAUUUGCAUGCAUUGUCUAAUGGGUGUGUUUAUGAUUUUGACAUCUAAUUUGUCCCACAGACAUUGUCAAGGAUAAUGAAAAGCCUUGAAUUAGAAUUUUAUUAGUGCUCGUGAAUAAGGAAACAAAUAAUAAAUCUGUUUGUUUGUCUUGGGGUCAACUUGACAUGUUGGUGUAUUGUUUAUCCAUUUCAACCUUUUCAAUGUAACUGGCAACAAAAGGCAGCAGUUGUUGCUAAAUAAUUUCACGUUUGUCCUGCUGAAGGUAAUGGUUACUUCAUCUGAGUAACUUACUGAGCUUCACAGCAUUAUUCAUGGUCCGAUGCAUGGGUGAGUGAUCGAGAAAUAAUGAACACUGUAUGCUUGUCAUUAUUAGUAGUGAGUGAAUAUUGAAUGGUUUCUUCAUCAACGCUGGAAUUGAAGACUGCAGAGAGUGGAAACAAGCUAUGUGAUGUCUGCUGUGUUACCCAGAAGUUCUGAUACACAUGUAAACCUGAAUUCUGCUUGGUGCAGACUUUAGAAUGUGGUUAAAUCAUAGCAGCAACAUUGUUUUUUCAGUUCUUUUAUAGUGAUGUUGCACUCUGAUAUACUGCAAUGCUACACGUGUUGAUAAAAGCCAAUUUGCACCUUUAUUUUACCAUGUGUGCCUUUUAUUUUUUCCUUUCAAUAAACUCAUAUUUGUUUAAAAAAAAACAGGUGACUCCUUAUGUAUUUUUGCUCUUGGGAGUGGUGAGUCUGUACAUCAUCAAAUUUGGCAUACAAGACUUACUUUAGACUGUGGUAACUCUGCAGUCCAUCGCUAUGUCUUUGUGCAGUAGCCUUAUGCAUACUCUUGGUGAUUUAAUCUUUUGAUCAUUUAGCUUGAAUUAUUCAUGAUCAGACACACUAUAGGCAGAUGUUCUGCCAUGUCUGUCAAUAAGUACUUUUCAUUUGCAUGAAAUAAGUAUGUAGGGAUGAAAGCAGGUCUGGUCACAUUAUGGCAGAAUGGCAUUUAAAUUGGCAGGUUGCUGGAGUGAAUUAUUUUGCAAGUAUAGUGUAUUGAUUGCUUUCUUUUGGCUCUAAUUUCGAACAAUUCUAUUGUGAAAGCUACAUUGCUUGAUUUAUUAACACACUCCUCCAAUAAAAGUCCAUGUUUGUUGGUUUUAACACAAAGCCUGUCUCCCACUUUCUAGCUCCCCCUCUCCCCCCCACUCAUUUGAUGCCCUUUAUCUGUUAGGUAAACAAAAGUAUACAUUUGGUGAGUAUUCAAAAACUUCUUUCAAACUGCAGUCCAUCCAUUUUUAGUUUUUUCAUUAUCAAAAUUUUCCAAAGUUCAAUUUUAAAUUGACUUGUACGUCUUCAUAAUAUGUAGUCAAAAUACAGUCCUAUAAUGUCGUUCAGUGAUGGCUUCUAGUAACUUCAGUGCUUUGUAUACUGGAACAGCAUUUAGUCUUUUUGGAGGGUUUUUUUUUUUAAUUUUUUUCCCUCCACACCCCUUAUCCUCUUGCUAACUUGUACACAAAAGCACUUAGACUUUGAAGUCUUAGAAUAACAUAGUUCUUCUUUGGCCAUUUUAAUACUGUUCGCCUUAUGGAAAAGAUUCUGUUUGCCAUUUAUUGGGCUGUUGGCUUUGCAUCGUGUUCUUAAACCAAUGUAUUCUGUGUCUUCAUAAACGUUAUGUUGUCAUGUAAAAAAAAACAAAAAAAAACAACCCACAAAUCUAAGUAUGGAAUUUAAACUUUUACCUCUCAGAUGGUAGAUGUAUCCUUUUUAAGGAUACAACUUACUCAGCACCCACAUGUAAGGGCAAUGCAGGUUUUUCUGUCUACCUGUUCUGCCAAGGUAGGUUUUUUUUCUUUAAUUAUAGCUCCUUGCUAAACCUGAUUUCUUUGAUUCACGUACAUCUAAUUUUCUCUAGUUCUGCAAAGUGUUUAACCCCUUAAGGACCAAACCUCUGGAAUAAAAGGGAAUCAUGACAUGUCAUGUGUCCUUAAGGAAUUAAAGGGGCUCUAUAGUUAACCACACCACAUCAUCUUAUUGAAGUGAUCUGGCUGCACAGUCCUUGUCCCACCGUAGUCCUGCAAUGUAAAACACUGCAGUUUUUGAAAAUCUGCAAGGUUUACAUUAAAAGAUAAUGAGUGCCUCAGUAGAGGCGUUUCCUGAAGUUCAACAUUGGCGUCAGAGAAAAUUGCAUAGGAAAGCAUUGAGUCAAUACUUUCCUAUAGGGAAUGCCUAAUGUGUGCAACACUUGCCCCCUCCUCCCCCAUCAGCUGAUAUCUGAGGAGGAUCACGACCCAGUGCCGAGGAAUAUCAGCGCUGGAAUCGAUUUUAAGGAACUUAAUAUGGUUAAGAAUACAAACAUGUAUUCCUGACCCUAUAGUGUCAAAGCUACCAUCUAGCCCCCCCUAAAUAUAGCAAAAUCUUACAUUUAUUGCAGUCUGCUGCUUGCUAUGCCCCUGAUCUGCCUGCUUGGAGUGGUGAUCUGAUCCAAUCACAAUGCUUUUACAUAGGAACUCAUUGGAAUGGCUAAACUUGUCAAGAAGGCAGAACCAGCACAAGCCAAACACAGCCCUGGCCAAUGAGCAUCUCCUCAUAGAGAUGCAUUGAAUCAGUGCAUCUAUAUGAGGAAAUGUCAGUGUCUCCAUUCAGAGGGUGGAGAUACUGAAUGUCAGCACUGCCCCAUCUGAGGAGUGUCCAGUGGAGGUAUCCCUAGGCUGUAAUGUAAACACUGCAUUUUCUCUGAAAAGACAGUGUUUACAGCAAAAAGCGUGAAGGGAAUGAUUCUACUCACCAGAACAAAUUCAAUAAACUGUAGUUGUUCUGGUGACUAUAUAGUAUUCUUUUAAGUAAAUGAAGGCUUAUUUUACCCUUUACAUCGAGGUGGGAAGCACAGAGACUGAACACAUUUGGUAAUACAGCUUUGUAUUUCUAACACUAGUGUUUAAUUUUCAGAGCAGCAUUUUAUGUUAAAGGGUUACUCUAAGCAUCAAAACAAAUUUUACUUGAUGAAGCUGGUUUAGUGGAAAGAUGAUGCCUAUGCAGUAUUGCUGCUCAUUUAGGUGUUGCAUCACUUUUGUUUGUUUAUGCAGCCCUAACCACACCUGACUUUCACUUGCACAGCCUACAUGGGGAUGUUUCACUUUCAAUCAAAUGUGACCGCAUAGUGUGUUUACAUUAGUCUUUAUCUCCUGUUUGGUUUUUACUGAACUGUUUCGUGAACACACAGAAGGCAAUUUAACAGAGAUGGGGAUAUGAGUUAAAUGAAACAUACUGUGCAAUGAAGGAAGUUUAAACAUUCGAUCUCUCUUUACAGGAAAUGUCAAGGUCACAUGCAGGGGAAGGUUUGGCUAGGGAUGUAUUAACACAAGUGAUUUAGUUCCUAAAUAUCAGAAAAUUGCGCUGUUAGAUUGCAGGGUCAUGAUCUAUACACCACUCCAUUAAGAGAACAUUGUUUUGGUGCUUUGUGUCCCUUUUCUAUACACACACAAUGUAUCCACAUUAUCUACCAAGUGGGGCAAUAAAAAAUUCUUGUUUUCCUCACACUAGUAAAUACUAUCUCUAAAGAUUUUUACUGGAGUGGGGUAUACAGUGGAGGUAGGGGGAAAACACCUUUACAUCUACUGAAAGUUUUCAGGUUAUCGUUAUUGCCAUUUUCAGUCUGCCACUCUCAUUAGUUUAAUUUCCCAUUGGUUCAUAAACAAGGCUCAUAUAGACAUGCUGUGCUAAUAAAGCCUUGCAUUUAAUGCAAAAAGAAGUUAACUGAAUGUUUAAUAUGCUAACUGGGGCCUCUUUACAAAACUAUCAAAGGUAGUGAAUUGAAAACAAAACUGCAAAAUGUAGGCUACGAUAUCUGAAGGGAAAAUUUUGCAACUCUACUAUAGUCACAGGUUGGCUAUUUUAGCCUAACUUUUGCAGUGUGGUUUUCUGUAUCCUAAACACCAAAUUGUAGUGACUUGAACGGUCUUGUCUUUAUCUGGCAAUUGGAAUGUUGCCUAUCCCACAAUGAAAGUUCCUCUUUAACUUCUCUCCACGUCCACUGCAGUAUACAACCAUAGGUUUCAUAUUUCAAGGUUUUUUUUCUUUUCUUUUUUUUUUCUUAACAUUUAACAAAUCCUUUAAUUGCUUGUACAUAGAGCUACUAUGAGCUGUUUGCUGUGUAAUGAAUUAAAACCAUUGUUAUUCCAAUGGGCCAUUGUACAUACAAAUCUAUGCAAAUAUAGUGCAGCCUAUUUGUUUUUAAGUGGCCCAGUCACUUUGAAAACUUUAAUGAUGAAUUCUACCUAGAAGCUGUAGUGUUUUAGUUUUUACAGAAGUUCUGGGAGACUGAGUGAUUCUAAUGGUGUGCUAUUUGUCUGUCAGUGAUUGAUCUUUAGUGGCCUCGUUUAAAAUCUCGUUUGAGCCGCAUAUCAACUUUAUAUUUAGAGGAAUUCUGUAAUCUCCUUUAGGUGUAAGCAAAUACAGGAACCUUUUUCAGUAGGCACUGUCAAUCUAGAUCUUGUUUAAAUAUGAAUAUCUUUCAGCUGCUAAUGUUUGCAUACCUGCAAUAUGCCUUUUUAUGUAUUAAGCUUAUUCUGAGCUGCAUGCUUAAUAUAUUAAUGUUGCCACCAACACCACCAUCUGGUUUAAAUAUUUUUUGUUUUUUUUCCUAUGUCUUUGUCUGUAGCUCCAUCUUGUCUUGAAGAUGAAACUCGGGUAACAGAAAAUGAAGAAUGCAAAGAGCAACCUGCAGAUCCAGAGUUAAAGAAACAACUAUGUCCAUAUGCUGCAGUAGGGGAGUGCCGCUAUGGUGAAAACUGUGUCUACUUGCAUGGCGACCCAUGUGAUCUUUGUGGGUUGCAGGUGCUUCAUCCAACAGACACAUCUCAGAGGUCCCAGCACAUAAAGGUAAGUAUAGUUGCCAUCAACUUUGUGGUACAAACAUGCUAUCUACUACUCCUAGUUUAUUUAUUUUUCUGCAAAGCCAAAUCACUUCAUCAGCUUUUCUUUCUUGCAUGGCCAUGAAAUAUUUUUAUCGAACCUUAUCCUUGCAGUAAUUCUAAUGAUGUGAAACACAAUUUUGUUCAAUUAUAGCUAGUUUUACAUGCAAUACAAUUUGCAUUUAAAAAAAAUAAAAAAAAUCUGCAUUAAUGUAGCAAUAGUAAUUCAACACAAUUUUCACCUACCGGUUCUCCUACCGUAACAUAUUGCGACUUCACAAGCGCUGCCCUUGUGUCUAUGAUCAAUAAUGCUCCUUUAUGCAAAGCAUUGAUUCACCCGUCAUGUUGCGACUUAAGGCAUGGCAGUGCAAAGGGAGUGUCAAUGUUGGAGAAAAGGGUGAGUAAAUUUACUUAUUUUGAUUUGAUUUGUUUUCUGGGACAGACGGACCAGUACUGUAGCGUUAGGAAUAUAAAUAUGUAUUCCUAGCGCCACAGUGUUCCUUUUAAUAACGGUAUCUAGAUUAACACCUUUUUUAGGUCUAUUCAAGGGAAUGUGACCAGUUAAAGUCAUGGCAUUGGUUAUAGUACCUGAAGUCCCUGGGAACUGACAUACUUUAAAAAAUUGUUUAACAAUGAUUUCAUUAAAACUGAAUGAGGAUUCCUGGCCUGGUAUUUACAUCACUGAGUAAAUAGUUGAAAAUCACCUAUAAAUUGUGAAAAACUUUUUACCUUUUUUUUUUUUUUUUUUUUUUUUAUAUAUAUUUUUUUUCAUGACAUACUGUUCUCUGUGUAAAAAAUAAAUAAAUAAUAAUCCGGUAGUGGCUUUUUAAGACUCCCUGCACCACAAUCAAUGCACUGCACUGCACUGAAUUGCUUAUAUUACCUUUUGUGGUAACUGCAUACUACUGAUGGUAGGAAAGCUGGCAGUCACUUGCAGUUUUCGGUGUGCUCUGGGAUAAGAAUCCCUACCAGCCAUAUGGUGAUGUGCCUAAACAGGUCAUUAUGGCAACCUGGAUCAAUACACAAAGAAUCUCUGCAGACCAGGAUGAGCUGGAGCACUGUCGAGUACCUUUAUCAAGCUAGAGACCAGGGAUGAAGCACCAGCUCCCAGGGAAAGUUAAUGAAAUUGAAGGGGGGUUGGGAAGAAGGGGAGUGGAUGCAAAGAAUGGAGAAAUGAGAAUGUCCUGUAUAAUUAAUCUGUAAUGUUUGAACCUGACACAUUUACAGUUUUGCUCUUUCUUUACUAGUCUUGCAUUGAAGCUCAUGAGAAGGACAUGGAGCUAUCGUUUGCCAUCCAACGUAGCAAGGAUAUAGUGUGCGGGAUCUGCAUGGAGGUAGUUUACGAGAAGGCAAACCCCAGUGAGCGGCGUUUUGGCAUGCUCUCAAAUUGUAAUCACUCCUAUUGUCUGAAAUGUAUCCGCAAGUGGAGGAGCGCUAAGCAGUUUGAAAGCAAAAUCAUAAAGUGAGUUUUAGUUUGAGUUUGUAUGUGUUUGGUUUAGUCUCUUAUGCGAGGGCAGUGUGACUUGGACUCUCCUAGUUUUCUCAAUUUUCUUAACUUUUUAAAAUCCUUAUUUCGGUUUUAGUUUUUUUGGGUUGUUUAGUUCAGAUUAGUGGGGAUUUGUGUAUUAAAUGAAACUGCUGCAUGAUUGCGAAAUAAACCUCUGCUUUCCAUAAUCUACAUUUGAGUUGGCUUGCCUUUUGCUUUGCUCCCAGACUGUAAGCUUGUUUCAUGCAUGAUCUUCCCUCUUUUUAAUUGCUUACAUAUUUUUUCGUCUGUCGAUUACUUGCGGUUAUGUAUUCCUACUGUAUAAUUGUAAAGAACUGCAGAAUAAGUCAAUGCUAUAUAAAUAACAGUAAUAACCUAUGAAUAUAGGUAAUGAAGGGUCCCCAGCCUCACCUUCUCUCUGGCACUGCUAUACUAGGCAGUCAAUGAAAACUGAAAGUUGAUGGAUGUGCAGUUCAUGCUUGAUUGCAAGUCAAAUAUUAUUAUAGUACUAAACAUCUGAUUGGAAUUUCAGGCUAAAAUGACAUGCAAAGUUUUGUAUUUUCCACAUCAAAAUUUAAGGAAACUGUUAAAUGGUGCUAUGGAAUCCGGCACAGGUUUGUUGUAGUGACAAUCAUGGUAAAUGGAAUGUUACACAAUUUAUACUUUAAUCAGUGGACUUAAAGCACCUUUCACACUAUAUGUUGGCCCCCAUGCACUCAACCUUUAUUUGGUAUAGUGUUUUAUGUUUUUCUGUUUCUUCAGAUUUUACAAAAUCCUCAGUUCCAAAUGAAACUUUCUAAGAAUGACCAGGUUUCAUUGACCAGAUUACCUUUAUAAAGCAGAGUGUGUGUGUGUGUAUAUAUAUAUAUAUAUAUAUAUAUAUAUAUAUAUAUAUAUAUAUAUAUAUAUAUAUAUAUAUAUAUAUAUAUAUAUAUAUAUAUAUAUAUAUAAUGCGAUUAAAUACUUCUGAACGCAAAAUGCAUUAAUAGUUUUGUUAACCACUCAUAACACCUGUAACUUUCCUUCUAUGUUGUGGGUUGUGAAAUUGACCACUUCUUUAUAAAUGUUUAAUGCCUUGCUUCAUAUACUUUUCUUUUCUCUUUAAAGGAAUUGUCUGGGCACCAUAACAACUUACUUGAAAUUGAGUUAUAACAGUGCCCAUAGAUCCUUGACUUUUCCUGAACCAUUCUCAAACUGUUUAACCCCAAAAGUUGAUCUCCGAGCAUGGUCUUCCUUUCCCAGGCGGCAUCCAGCUUCUUCAAUUGAGUUUUUUUAGGGAGCACGGAAGGAUGCCACUGAUUUGUUAGCACGGUCAGCUAUUGCUCUAAACCAAGGGCGACCGCUGUACCCAAUUACUAGUGCUCCUACUCGAUGGCACUCUGCGCUUCCUGAAACUAAGCUGAACUUCCUUUAAAUGUUGUUAUGGUGACCAUACGGUUCCCUUAAAGGACCACUAUAGGCACCCAGACCACUUCAGCUUAAUGAAGUGGUCUGGGUGCCAGGUCCAUCUAGGAUUAACCCUUUUUUCUAUAAACAUAGUAGUUUCAGAGAAACUGCUAUGUUUAUAUUAGGAUUAAUCCAGCCUCUAGUGGCUGUCUCAUUGUCAGCCGCUAGAGGCGAUUGCGUGCUUCUCACUGUGAUUUUCACAGUGAGAAGACGCCAGCGUCCAUAGGAAAGCAUUGUGAAUGCUUUCCUAUGAGACUGGCUGAAUGCGCACGCGGCUCUUGCCGUGCAUGCACAUUCAGGAAAGGAGGAGGAGAGUUCCCAGCCUGGCGCUGGAGAAAGAGGUACGUUUAAUCCCUUCCUCCUCCUAGAGCCCGGCGGGAGGCGGACACUGAGGGUGGGGGCACCCUCAGGGCACUAUAGUGCUAGGAAAGAGAGUGUUUGUUUUCCUGGCACUAUAGUGGUCCUUUAAGCAUACAAUUGAGCUGCCAAUUUAAUUUUUGUGAUUUGUCUAUCCAUUGGUGAACUUGCAUUUGAGCGGACUGAAAAGUGCUCUGUGUUUGAGCAGUUUGUUCUCCUUGGGAGCUUACCCUUCUAUUGUCUGAGAAAAGAGGCUGAAAUUGCUAAGAGCAUGUGUUCCAAAAAGAUCUUUAAAAUAAAAAAGUAACAGUGUCUUCUGCUUUAAAUGCAUCCAUUCUGUUACAACCACAUUUCUUCUACAUGAGAUGAGUACAUGUUUAUGUAAUAUACUUAAGUGCUUAGAGUGAACAAAAUUUAAAUUUUCCUUUUUUUUUUUUUUUUAAACAUAGAAUUUACAAUUGGCGAUAUAGUAUUUAAUGUUUGGAUGUGGGAUUUUUUUUUUUCCUUUCUAAUUACUGCAUAUUAUAUUUAAAGAUCUUGUCCUGAGUGCCGCAUCACUUCAAACUUUAUUGUUCCGAGUGAGUAUUGGGUUGAGGAAAAGGAGGAGAAACAGAAGCUAAUCCAGAAGUACAAGGAGGCCAUGAGGUACAUCUGCAUAAUUUAGACCUGGCUUGUUAUUCGGUUAUAGUGUUUAGGAAAACUAAAGUGUUUUUAGCAACUUUUGUAUGGUCAUAUAUUUUAUGUGACACCAAAAUGUUACCUUUUCAGAAGACAAUGGCGGAAGAGGAGGCAAGUUUAUAGUUGUGGUGAUUUGCAGAUGUUCUAAAAGGCAAGGACUGUGGACACCCUUGAUCCAUAUAUUCCGUAUUAGGCAUAAGUUAUCAUAGUGGUUGGAUUUCUCUUUUUACUAUCACAAGUAAUGGUUACUGGUUUUAUCUGCUGGAUUAAAAUUUAUUCUGAUCUUAUAUGCUUGUGUUGAGUAAAUGUAACUUGUACUACUGUACAGUUUUCAUGUUUUAUGUCUGUGAAAGCUUACUUUUUUUUUCUCCCCCUCUCCACCCCCCAAGCAACAAGUCGUGUCGAUAUUUUGACGAAGGACGUGGGACCUGCCCAUUCAGUGGAAAUUGUUUUUACAAGCAUGCAUACCCUGAUGGCCGUAUUGAAGAACCACAACCACGGCAAAAGGGAGGGAUGUCAGGCAGGUACCGGGUAAGUGUCCAUGUCUUCAUAUACAAAAACCAUACAUCUUUUGUGUAGUGUAAAAAAAUAAAUUUAAUUUGUAGUGAAGCUGCUCAUUACAAAUAGGUAUUGUGUUUUUGGUGGUGUAAUGGAGUCAUCAGACAGGUCAAAGAAACACCUUAAACACAUUCUAAAACCCCACUUUUUUUUUUUUGUUCUUUGCAAGCAUUAAGUACUGUUAUGGGGGUGAAAUGGGUGUGUUUUUGUAGUGGUGGGGGCAUCAUUUUUAUUUUAAAUUCUUUCUUUUCUUCUGACUAACUGCUCCUCUUUUGCUGGUUGCUUGAAAUCCAGCUGCAUAUUCUCCCGCCAUGUAUUUUUAUUUUUUGGGAAACUGAAAUCCUGUUAGAAUGAAACAAUGCAUAAUUAUGACUGUCAUUUUAGUUUGCUAUUGGUACUACUCGUUCUAAUCGCAAUCUGCAAAUUAAAUUAUUUUUAAGAGGAUUAGCUUUCACUUCUCUAGAUUCUGAAGUUAGCUCUUGCUGAAGUCUUAUUGUAACGGAGCUCCUUGUUCCCUGCCUGGGUACCUCUGCCAAGCUUGUUGGAAAGCCUGGGGCGCUUCUACCCCGGUUGCUGCAGCUUGACUGGGGUCUUUCUGGAGCUUUUUCACCAUGGAUCAGUAUACAGUGAUAUAGCUGUACACUAAAACACUAGCCGAGACUUCGUGAAGGGUGAAGUAGAACUGACUUUAUUGAACACAGGUAUUUCAUAAGCAUCUUCUCCAAAGGAAGUCAUCAGUUAAAACCAUGUUAGUCCCUGCCCAGAGUCUUGGUGUCCAGGACAUAAUUAGUUUGUCACCAUAAUUGGCUUACCUGCUGGACACCAAGAAGUGUUGCACAGUAACUGUUUCACAAUCACACAAUAAGCCAAUUAACGUCUAUUCUGUUCUACAUUAAUGUAAAGGCAUUACUGUAUUUACAAGGUAGGGUGGGAACGGACAAUAACAAGGGCUAAGGACCACAUGGGAGAUUUAAGGGAGUGACAGUACAGCUAGUUUGAACUAGCCUGGAAGUGUCUCUGGAACAAAGGGACAACACCCUUCUGGGAAAACAACGAAAGUGGGGAGCAAAACACAUACCCGGUACCUAUAAUGGGCACAGGAUGACUAAAUCAUAAGAGCAAUCUGAGGACCUACCUACAAUGUCCAUCUUCAGCCCCCAGUGAUGGUGACAAACUUAUCUCUACUUCCACUUGGGCUGCUAAUGUCAUGUGUGCUGGGGGUGCAACUAGCCCCCAGGACGCUAUUCUAAAGCAGAAGCAAUGCGCAUACUGACUCCUACCACCAUAACCACUUCAAAUCACUGAAUUGGUCAUGGUAGUUUGAGUAACCUUUUUAAGUGGUUGGUAUUGCAUUUUGCAAAUGAGAAGCAGAUCUACCUUACAUUCAAAACCAAAAUAUCACCACCUGUGAAUAUUCGUGAAUAAUGUACAAUACUUGGCUUCAACGGAUGCAAAGCAGCCUCCCCAGGUCGUUACCUAAAACCGACCUUUACAUAGAAUAUAUACAACCAACAGCAGAUUUGGGGAUACGGCUGAAUAAGUCUAAAACAAAGGGAAAUAAACAAAAAAUAGUGCAAUACAGUAAACAAUAUAUCACGCGCCACAUGAAAUGCAAACACAGUGCUCAUAGGGUGCCUCCCCCGAAGUAGCUGGGGGGCUAGUAAUCCUACUCUCCACUCAACAGUCACCAGUUCGUAAAACAGGUUGUUUUAUUCCUUCGUUUAUAUUAACGUUUAUGGUGACUGUUUCACCUUUUUAUAUAUAACCAAUCCUUUUUUAUCUUCAUCUUCCGGGAGUCCUGUUUUACGAACUGGUGACUGUGGAGUGGAGAGUGGGAUUACUAGCCCCCCAGCUACUUCGGGGGAGGCACCCUAUGAGUGCUGUGUUUGCCAACAUUCUGUGAGUGCAUUUCAUGUGGCGCAUGAUAUAUUAAGUGUUUACUGUAUUGCACUAUUUUGUCUUUAUUUUCCUUUGUUAUAGACUUAUUCAGCCGUAUCCCCAAAUCUGCUGUUGGUUGUAUAUACUACCUUACAUUCAGUUUGUCAUUGCAUUUUGAAGAUGUUUCUGUGUAUAGUCUUUAUCACACAGUGCAGGAAACUGUUAAUGUGCACUGUAUGCUCACGCAUAUUGCACUGGGAAGGAUAAGAUACAUCAGGUUACUGGCUGCUCAUAUGCAUUGUGUGCCUUAUCUGUGCCUGGACUGAACUGCAUUGUGGUAUCAUUUGCGAAGUUUUAAUAGAACUUAAAAAAAAAAAAUUGAGCAUCACAUGAACUAGGGUAGCACUAGUUAUUGGUAAUAAUUUUUUUUUUUUUGUGUGUCCAGUGGUGUUAAUUUAAAAAUAGACUGUUCAUUCUUAUGGUGCAAGCAUGAGUAUUAAAGAGUCAGUCAGAUUCUGUUUUUGGUUUUAUUCUCUUGAUAGGACAUGCCAUUGUGUCCUACAAAGCUUGGGCUUUAUCUCCGUUAAUGAUGAAACGUGCUAAUGUUCUUGUGUGAGCAAUCAAUACCUGGAGCUCCCUCUGUUUGCUGGGGCCAUAUUUAUUCAUGUUUGCAUGAGGACAUUCAGCAUCACCCAAAGCCCCAUUGGAAAGCAUUUUACAUACAUUCUUAUGGGGGAAAUCCUAAUGUGAUCGCGGUGCUUGCUGCGCAGGUUCAUUGGGUCCCCCACGCUAGCUGACAUUGGCGUUGGAAUCAGGUAAGUGAUGAAGGGGUUUUUAGCGUCCACACCUAGGGUGAGGUGGGGGGGCGCACUGUAGAUUCCUAUAGCGCUAGGAAAACUGUUUUCAAUAACACCGGCUGGGAAAGCCUCCUCGCUGUCAAACUGACACCCACAAGGGCUUCUUCUCUGUAUUUGAACAAUUGUUCUCUAGUAGUGAUUUUUCUCGUAGAGAAGCAUUGGCUAGAUUAUCCACCAUAUUUUUCUGGCAUAUAGUGUCUGUCUUGGGACAAGACAUUCUGCAAAAUACACUUAAACUUUUUAAAUUCCUCCUACUCACUCUAUAAAAUCCUGUAACCACACUACCUUGUCAGUUUUCUCUUGCCCCAUUUCUGUUUGAAAGCAUUUCAGCCUGGUGAGGCACACAAGAUGCUGCCUGUGGGUCAGAGUCUGAUAGCUUCCCAGGCAGUGGAGCAACUGCUUCAGUAAGGUUUUUAUGCCGAGAGACGUUCUUGCUCCGUUAUCUUCUUCUAUGUCAGAUAUCUCCAGUCAAGCAUCUAGUGUGAAUGCAGACUUUCCACCAGAAGCGCUUUGGAGGUUUGUUAAGGAAGUUUAAUCAAUUUUGCAAGAAGAUGUACCCUCUAAGCGUAUAUACAUAGAUCCUAUUUAGCCUAUGCUCUUGAAAUUGGUGCAGAGGGAGGUGAAUAAUCAAAAAAAAAAAAAACCCGUUUAAUUCUAAUGUCAAAGCAUUUUAAAGAUCUUUUUAAACUGCAGGACUAAGAGGUCGUAAGAGUUGCCUAAAGUGGAUAUUCAAGUGGCAUUUCCAGUUUAGGAGACCUGAUGGACAGGCAGAAAUAUCCUGCAGGAUUUCAGUGCAAAUGGCAUCAGUUGCGAGAGCAGUCUAUGGCUUCAAUCCAUAAAAGAUUUGUUUGAUGAACAGUUCUUAGAAAGAUAUGGCUCAUCUUCUGCAUAACAUCAGAUUGGCAAAUGAAUACUCUAUUGACAUGUCCGAAGAGGUCUUAAAACUAUUUUCUCAUUUAAUGGGUUUGUCUUCAGUUGCCAGUAGGGCUUUAUGGCUCAGGUCAUGGAUGGUUGAUAAGGCAUCUUAUAUUGGCAUUAUGCGAAUUACCGAAUUCAAAAGAAACAAAUUAUUUGGUGCUACCAUGGAGAAGAUCAUCAAGCAGAUACCUGAAACCAAAAAGACACUUUGUCAAGAUAAGAUACUUAUGGAGUUCAGUAAAUAAUUUCAUUUUCACAACCAGAGAUCUUUUAAAGAUCAAGACAGAUAUCACAAUUUCCAUAGGCAACCCAGAGAAACGAUGUUUGGUGAGAAACAAACCAAGAGGCAAGAUAAGGAGCGGAGAUUUUGAUACCAACAAAGUGGGAGGAAAACUCCAAAGGUUCGAUCAGGUAUGGAAGCAUACCACUUCAAAUACAUAGAUCUUGAAUUUGAUUUCAAACAGUUACAAGAUCAGAUUUACCAAAAGCCCAUGCCAAAAUUCCUGACGUCUUCCUACCUUUCUCAGUCCUAAACUGAGAAUCUCCUUGCAGAAUCGAUUGUUUUAUUAAAAAAAAUAGAGUAAUUUAAAAGAUCCCAAGGUCCUCAAACAAAACACUUGAUGUUCCGAUGGCGGUCUCCGCAAACAUUUUGUUCUAUUUGCAAUCUAUUCAUGGAAUAGGAUCCUUCAUUUUAAAUUCAAGGCGCUACCCUUGAAUAUUUACGAAAAUUCUGACUCCUCUGGCAGCCGCUUUCUGAGAGAAAUACAUGUAUAACGUAUCAUAUUUGGACAACUGGUAUGUCAAAGAAUUUCCUGCAGAAAAACAUUCAGGCUAAGAUGCUUUUAUUACAAAAAACAUGUAGAUUCAGUUCCUGGGUCUUUUAAUGGAUGCAAGCUCUAUCCCUUUGUCUGCCUUUUCAAAAAAGGAAAAAGAUAAGGAAAGAAAUUGUUUCUACAACAGGAACCAAGUUGUAUAAUUAAAAGCGCUAUGAGUGUUCUUUGUAUUCUCCCUCCAUUCUGCCUGUCAAAUGGGCAAAAAUGGCAAUAAGACCUAUUCAAUGGGAAAUGCUAGAAAAUUGGUCAAGGAAAGACUGGGUCCUACAUGUGGAAUUCAGACUGAUUACCAGCGUUCAAAAAUAGCUGACGUGGUGAAAGGGAUCAAGGUUCUGUCCCUAGAUGUAUUACCAUUCCAUGUAAGAGAAUGGCUCAUUAUUUCAACGGACACAUCAAUGUUCGGAUGGGGUGCACAUCUUCACACUCCUCUUUGCCAGGGCGUUUGUUCAUCAGAAGAGUCUAACCAGUCAUCAAACUAGAGAGAUACAGCUACGCUCUUCUGCAAUUCAAAACUUGGAUUGCGAGCAAGGCCGUCAGGAUUCAAGGAAGCACAAGGGUCAGAACUCAAUGGUUGUGAAAAGAAUAGUCCCUACACCCAGAGUUUUUAGUUUUUUUUUUGUUUUUUGCGAUUCUUGUAAGAAAAAUUUGGUCGAACAGAAAAGUUCCUGUGUUCGCAUCAUUGUUCAAAUAACAUUUCCUUCCAUUCUUGGCGCAAUGUCAAUCAAAUGGACCUUCAAGCUAGCUUAUAAGCUGGUGUUUGUUCUUGGUUCCCAAGAUUCUUCAGAAAAUCAGAAGAGACCGAGCAUUGGUACUUGCUAUAAUUCGGUAUUGGUCAAACAGAAGCUGGUUUUCGGAAUUAAAACAAAUGGUGUUAAAGGGACACUAUAGUCACCUGGACUGCAGCUUAAUGCAGUUGUCUGGUGACUAUACACUGUCCCUGCAGGCUUUUUAAUGUAAACACUACCUUUUUUUUUUUUUUUUUUGAGAAAAGGCAGUGUUUACAUUGUUCUGUAGGGAGGUGCUUCAUGGGGCAGGGUGUUUAGCACUGACUUUUCAGCAUCUCCACCCUCUGCAUGGAGAUGCUGAACUUUCCCCGUAGAGAUUCAUUGAUUCAAUGCAUGUCUAUGAGGAGAUGCUGAUUAGUGAAGCCAGCAACUUACCGCAAAAUUUUUUUUUUUUUUUCUUCUUAAAGUGACACUAUAGGCACCCAAACCACUUCAGCUCAUUGAAGUGGUCUGGGUGCAGUGCCCCUAUUGCACUUUGCGCUGCAAUGUAAAACAUUGCAGUUGCAGAGAAACUGCAACGUUUAUAUUGCAGCACUAAGUCUGCCAGCAGUGGCUGCCUACCGGACAGCCACUGGAGGCGCUUCCUGGAUACUAAUGGACUUUUGGUCCAGUACCUGACGCUGGACAUCCUCACACUCUGCAUGAGGAGCUUCAGCUUUUUCCCCAUAGGAAAGCAUUGAUUUAAAGCUUUCCUAUGGGGAGGCCUAAUGUGUAAGUAGCAUUUGCCGCAAAUGUGCAUUAGUGCCCGCUCGUUGAGGGACGUCGAAGGAGUGCCAGUAAUGCAGCUUAGUAUUCCUAACAGUAUAGUAUCCCUCUAGCAUAGUGGGGAGUACAGGUUCCCUAUAAAGUUAUAUAUUUUGCAUAGAUUUGGUCUCCAUGUUUUUCUUACUAUUACUGACAUGGUGGUGGAGUUACCGGAUUAUAUAGGGUGAGUAGGAGGUUUAAAUUUUAUUAAGUUUAUUAUGCAAAAUGUCUUGCUCCAAAAAAGAAAGUACAUCCCCCCCAGUUGUUUGCUGUACUGCCACUAUAUUAAGGAAUAAGGAAGUUACAUAAAAAGUGCUGCCCUGUAGUAUCUAGCAUAUAAAGUCUGUGGAUAGUUAAUACAAUGUUAAACAAAAAUCUGCACACCAGUCAAGCCAUAGGACUUACUUGGCUUGACUGGUGUGCAGAUUUUUGUUAACAUUGUAUUAUCUAUCCACAGACGUAAGGUGGAAGGGAUUUUCAAUCAAUUUUUUUUUUUUCACCAUAACCUUUUUUGUUUUUGCUUCCCAAGCAUUACCAAGCCUCAAUAAGCAAACCAGUAACCAACAUCAUGCUGAUGAUUUGCAUUAACAAUGAAACAGCUGUCCAUGAGUGGUUCCACUGGCUUUGCAUCUUUUCUCAAGUUGUGUUUCAAAGCUGUUGUAUGCAGCAGACACAGACUCAAAGGAAUCCAUGUUUAAAAUGGAAUGAGACAAACAUGUGAUUCUUAAACUAAUUUACAUAUGCCCACCCAGAAUCCUUUGCGGUAGUAACAUCACUGUAUAUUAUUUGUUAUUUCUGUGGGAAAAGCAAAUUUUAUGGCUUAACUGGUGUGCAGAUUUUUUUUUUUUAGCAUUGUAUACUAUCGAUCCACAGACUGGAAGGUGUUUUCAGUCACAAUUUUUCCCCACUAUAACAUUUUUGGUUUUUGCUUCUGAUAUCGAGAGAGAAAGAUAUUCUUUCUCUAUAUAUCUAUCAUUUAUUAUUUUUAUUUAUAUAGCGCCAUCAGAUUCUGUAGCGCUGUACAAUGGGAUGCAAUGAUACCUUUUUUUAUUUUUUUUAUUGGACUAACAUAAUAUUUCAAAGACAAGCAUUCAAGAGUUUUCCUCUCUUCCUCCAGUCUGAAGCAAUACUGAUCAAUCUGAUAGUUUAAAAAAAGGUAUCAAUUAUUGCAUACUGUAAUACUCUGGUAUUUUGGCAUCUUGUCUACUGGACUAAUACGGCUAAUCAAUCUAGUGUGUGUAUGUAUGUAUGUAUAUAUAUAUGUAUGUAUAUAUAUAUAUAUGUAUGUAUGUAUGUAUGUAUGUAUGUAUGUAUGUAUGUAUGUAUGUAUGUAUGUAUGUAUGUAUAAUAUGUAUGUAUGUAUGUAUAAUAUGUAUGUAUGUAUAAUAUGUAUGUAUAUAUAUAUAUAUAUAUAUAUAUUCUCUCCCUCCUCCAGGGACUUUGUAAUAAAGUUGAAAAAACUUAGCUUUUAUUCAGGCAACUGCCACAGUGGAUCAACGUUUCAGUUCUGUAUCAGAACUUUCGUCCCUGACAAAAGUUCUGAUACAGAACUGAAACGUUGAUCCACUGUGGCAGUUGCCUGAAUAAAAUACAUAUACGUUCCCUCUCCCUGAAGCAACUUAACUUUUGAGCACAUGCGUAUUGAAAAUUAUGUGAAAAAAUUAUUGCAGAGCAUCUUAAUGUAAAGUAUGUAUGUAAUGAGUGUCUUUUUAUAUAUGUAAAUGGCAGUGUCAUACUUCCUUUAUAUCAAUCCCUGCAUUCCUUUCACAACCCAGGUCACUCCUACACUCUUAAAAAUUUGAGGCUCAGGGGAUCACAUUCUGUGCUGCAGUGCCCCCUCCCCUCCUGCUACAACGCUCCCUGUUUAUAGUCUUUGUCAAGAAAAAUUUUUUUUCCUAAAUUUCCACUCUCUCUCCAGGCCCAGCGCAGGAACCGCUUCUGGGAUUUUGAAGAUCGAGAAAAUGGCAGCCUAUUUGAUAAUGAUGAAGAUGAAGUGGUGACGUUUGAACUUGGUGAAAUGCUGCUCAUGCUGCUAGCGGCUGGCACGGAUGAAGACUUGACAGACUCAGAGGAUGAGUGGGACUUAUUCCACGAGGAUCUGGAUGAUUUUUAUGACUUGGACCUAUAGCGCCAGUCAAUGGAGUUUGGACUGUCUGCACAAUUUUCAGACAGUAGCUAUUUCCUGUGGUGUUGUGGCAGUGCCUGUAUUUCUCCUAGGCAGGCCUAUCAAUUCCAGGUGCUGUUGUAAUCAUUUUUAUUAUGACAUCUGUCUUUCCCCACCCACUUUGUCCCCGGAGUGUUUGUUUUCUCUGUCUCAACAUAAAAAAAAAAAAAUGUAAAAAAAAACCUAAUAAAAACAAAAAACAAAAUCAGCACAAAAAUGAAGUAACGUAAAUAAGUGUGCAGACUGUGCUUUAUCUAGAACAUAUUUAUAUACCAAGGAAUUACACGUUGUAUGGAAUCUGGGCUAGGACAAGUGUUGUGUUUUGAUUAUGUUUACUUGAAAUCUGUGGAUUUUUUUUUUCCCCCCGAACAAAGCUGUCAUUUUGCUGUAGAGGGUCAAUUAAUG